UGGGUGGCUUGUCAUCAUUCUCGAAAAUUCUGAGGCUAGUGAGCUCUCUCUCCCUCUCCCACUCGCCUUAUUUUCCUUUUCGCCACUGCGGGGACUUUUUCUAAUUUGCAGCUUCCCUUUUCCUGACACACACAGACAGGAGCUGGUGGCUUACAGACUGCGUCUGUCUGGAGCUGGAGAGGGAGAGCCAGCCUGGGGAAAUGAUGCUCAGGGAGAAGCAUUCUGCAGAGAUCCUCAAAGGCUAGACUUGGGUGGUAUCGCUGCAUAUGUGCUGAUUCUUCAGCUUGUUGUCUCUAACCGAAGAAACAUUGAUUGGGAACUACUCAUUCAGAAAAUUAAAAGAAAGAAGCCAGGACAUAUUAUCAACCCUUUGAGGAUACAUCAUAACAAACUUUCCCAUUUUACCACUUCCUUGGGCAGGAGAGAGUACAGAGCAGUAGAGAAUGGCCGAAGAUCGGAAAGAGGAAGCAAAGGCACCCCACUGGACUUCAGCUCAGCUGACAGAGGCAUCGGCACACCCACAUCCACCUGAGAUUAAGGAUCAAGGAGGGGCAGGAGAGGGACUUGUCCGAAGUGCCAAUGGAUUCCCGUACAGGGAGGAUGAAGAGGGCGCCUUUGGAGAACAUGGGUCUCGGGGCACCUAUUCAAAUACCAAAGAGAAUGGGAUCAAUGGGGAGCUGACCUCAGCGGACAGAGAAACACCAGAGGAAGUGUCUGCAAGGAUAGUUCAAGUAGUCACAGCUGAGGCUGUAGCAGUCCUGAAAGGUGAACAAGAGAAAGAAGCUCAACAUAAAGAUCAGCCUGCAGCUGUGCCUUUAGCAGCUGAAGAGACAGCUAAUCUGCCUCCUUCUCCACCCCCAUCACCAGCCUCAGAAAAGACUAUCGCAGUAGAAGAAGAAACACUAGAGGGUCCAGUGGCCAAGGAAGAGAAACCUGCCACUCUUCCUGGGAAAGAGUGUGGGUCUGCCCUGGCCUCAGACCAACCCAAAGGCCUCCGUGAGGGCCAAGUGGCCCAAAUAGUUCCCGAGGAGUGUGGCCCAGCAGGGGUCCCACAGGAGGAAACUGUAAAAGGGGUCAGCGCGGUGUCUUCAGAUGUAAAAACGCCUUUCUCUGUCCGAGAAGGUUUAUUUGCAGCCUCGAAGAUGGAGUUCCAUGAUCAACAGGAAUUGACUUCCUCUACAGCUGAGCCAUUAGACAAGAAGGAAAAAGAGUUAGAGAAACAAAGUAAGCCUGGUGAAGACCUUAAACAUGCUGCCUUAGCUUCUCAGCCUGAGACAACAGCUUCUCCUGACAGAAAGGAUGUGCAAGACGCAAAGGAAGAAAGAGCACCUCCCACUCCAUUUGUGCACACUUUUGGUGCCAGCCUUGAAGACAUGAAACAGAAGACAGAAUCGAACCUACCGGUACCUGGUAUUGGUCUCCCUGCAGAGCCUUCAACUCCAAAAGAGCAGAAAGACUGGUUUAUGGAAAUGCCGAUGGAAACAAAAAAGGAUGAGUGGGGUUUAGCUACUCCGAUAUCUCCAGGUCCCCUAACACCUAUGAAGGAGAAAGACGUACUUGAGGAUAUCCCAAAAUGGGAAGGGAAGCAAUUUGAUUCUCCCAUGCCAAGUCCCUUUCAGGCUGGAAGCUUCGCCCUUCCUUUAGGUGUCAUAAGGAAUGAAAUAGUUGCAGGAUCAUCACCCUUUGCCCCUGUCCUAUUACAGCCAGAUGACAAAAAAUCUCCGGGAGAAACCAGUGAUCCAGUGACCACCAAAGAUAGGUCUAAAGUGGAAGAACCCCAGAAGGAUAAACCUGACAAAAUGGCAGAAGUGGCCUCAGAGGCAAUUACCUCACCCAAAGAUGCUCACAUUCCGAUUGUAGAAGAAUAUGUCCCAGAGGAAGUUUUGGAGGGUGACAAAGGAACCCUGGAACAAGAAAGUGCACAGAAGAAGGAGACUUUUGCCCCCAGUGGACAGGCAUUUCCACAUACUGAAAAGGAAGCUCAGCUAAAGCUUGAAGAAAAAACAACCAUUUUUGAUGAAGAAGCCAUUACUAAAGAAAGUGAACCCCCCAAACUGACAGAUGGAGAAACUGGCCUAGUUCAGACCACCAUCGAAAAUGCUUUCUCGAAAGAACAGAAAGGCCAAGUACCAACCACAAAUUUAUUCCCUGGAAAUUUGGAGAAAGACAUGACAGAGCCAGUGGUCCUAAAUGAAAAGAAUGCAAUCCAGGACCUUUUUGAAGAAAACGUUGUUGACAAAGAUAACAAGGUCGAAGGCAUUGGGUCUGCCACAUCAGCAGAGCUUGACAUGCCAUUUUAUGAAGAUAAGUCAGGAAUGUCCAAGUACUUUGAAACAUCUGCUUUGAAAGAAGAAGUGACAAAAAGCAUCCAGCCAGGCAGUGAUUACUAUGAACUGAGUGACACAAGAGAAAGUGUCCAAGAGUCUUUUGAUACUGUAUCUCCCAUGUAUAGAAAUGGCGACAAGGGACUUCAGGCAGCAAAAGGAGCCCAGCCCAGUCCUCCGACACAAGAGGCAGGAUAUAGCACUCUCGCCCAGAGUUACCCAUCUGAUUUACCUGAAGAACCCAGUUCUCCUCAAGAAAGAAUGUUCACUAUUGAUCCAAAAGUAUAUGGGGAGAAAAGGGAUCUCCACAGUAAGAAUAAAGAUGAUUUGACUCUAAGCAGGAGUUUAGGACUUGGUGGUAGAUCAGCAAUAGAACAAAGAAGCAUGUCAAUUAAUUUGCCCAUGUCUUGCCUGGAUUCCAUAGCCCUGGGGUUUAAUUUUGGUCGGGGACAUGAUCUUUCUCCUCUGGCUUCUGAUAUUCUAACCAACACUAGUGGGAGUAUGGAUGAAGGAGAUGAUUACCUUCCAGCUACAACACCCGCUCUGGAGAAAGCCGCCUGCUUCCCAGAAGAGAGCAAAAAGGAGGAAGAACAGAUAGAAGAAGAAAAAGCAGCCAGAGGGGAAAAUACUCAAGUCGAGACAACAUGUGAGUCAUCUUUCCUAGCCAAAGAUUAUUACAAAAAUGGUACUGUCAUGGCCCCUGACCUUCCUGAAAUGCUCGAUCUGGCAGGCACAAGGUCAAGGUUAGCUUCUGUGAGUGCAGAUGCUGAGGUGGCUAGGAGGAAAUCAGUCCCGUCGGAGACUGUGCUGGAAGAGAGUAGUACUGGCUUACCCCCUGUCACGGAUGAAAACCAUGUCAUGGUGAAAGCAGACAGCCAGCCUGAAGAUAUGGGCUACUGUGUGUUCAAUAAAUACACAGUACCACUCCCAUCUCCUGUUCAAGACAGUGAGAAUUUAUCAGGAGAGAGUGGUUCCUUUUAUGAAGGCACUGACGAUAAAGCGCGAAGAGAUUUGGCCACAGACCUUUCAUUGAUCGAAGUAAAACUGGCAGCAGCUGGAAGAGUCAAAGAUGAAUUCAUUGCGGAGAAAGACACAUCCCCGCGAAUCGCUGACAAAUCAGGACUGGGGAGGGAGUUUGAUUUGGACAGGAAAGCUAGUGAUAAGCUGGAUACUGUGCUAGAAAAGAGUGAAGAACAUAUUGAAUCCAAAGAACAUGCCAAGGAAACAGAAGGGGCUGGCGAUAAAGUAGAAUCGUUUGAAUUAGGAGUAACCUAUGAGCCUGCUUCACCCAAAGAACUGUCUAAAGAUGUGCUACCCCAUGUGGGUGAGAAAGCAGAGAAAGGUCUUAGUUCAGUGCCAGAGGUAGCAGAGGUAGAAUCAUUCAGAAAAGCUGAACCAGGACUGGAUUUUGCUGCUACCACAACAGACCAGAAUCAGCUGGAUAUUAAAAUCAGUGACUUUGGGCAGAUGGCUGCGGGGCUGACCAUAGAUGCAGGAAGGGCAACAGACCUUAAACCUGAAGUUACACCUGACCUCACCCUCUCGUCCACAGCACCUCAAGGGGCAGAUGUGUUUAUGGGUGUGGAGCCUGGCCACAUGAGAGAAGGCACCAAAGUCAGUGAGACAGAAGUGAAAGAGAAAGUAACCAAGCCUGACUUAGUGCACCAAGAGGCAGUAGACAAGGAAGAGUCCUAUGAAUCCAGUGGUGAGCACGAAAGCCUCACCAUGGAGUCCUUGAAAGCUGAUGAGGGCAAGAAGGAAACAUCCCCAGAAUCUUCCCUAAUUCAAGAUGAGAUUGCCAUCAAAUUGUCAGUGGAAAUACCUUGCGCAUCUGCGGUUUCUGAGGCUGACUUAACUCCAGAUGAGAAAGCUGAUGUCCAGAUGGAAUUUAUCCAGCUGCUGAAAGAAGAAAGCAAAGAGACCCCAGAUAUAUCCAUCACCCCAUCUGAUGUUACAGAGCUGGAAGCCAGCAGGGCUGAGCCAACAGAGGCUCAGCCCGAAGACGAAGAGAUAGAAGCCCGGGGAGAGUAUGAUAAACUGCUCUUCCGUUCAGACACCCUUCAGAUUACUGACCUGGGUGUUCCAGGAGUCAAGGAGGAAUUUGUGGAAACCUGUCCAGGUGAACACAAAGGAGUGAUUGAGUCUGUUGUAACCAUCGAGGAUGAUUUCAUCACUGUAGUGCAAACUACAACUGAUGAAGGAGAGUCAGGUUCCCACAGUGUGCGCUUUGCAGCUCUCGAGCAUCCUGAGGUAGAAAGGAGACCGUCUCCUCAUGCUGAAGAAGAGCUAGAAAUAGGAGAGGCAGCUGAAGCCCAGGCAGAACCUAAGGAUGGCUCUCCAGAUGCCCCAGCUUCCCCCGAGAGAGGAGAGGUUGCGCUGUCAGAAUAUAAGACAGAAACCUAUGAUGAUUACAAAGACGAGACCACCAUUGAUGACUCCAUCAUGGAUGCUGACAGCCUCUGGGUGGACACUCAAGAUGAUGAUAGGAGCAUGAUGACAGAACAGUUAGAAACUAUACCUAAAGAGGAGAAAGCUGGAAAGGAAGCUCGGAGACCAUCUCUGGAGAAACAUAGAAAAGAAAAGCCUUUUAAAACCGGGAGAGGCAGAAUUUCCACUCCUGAAAGAAAAAUAGCUAAAAAGGAACCUAGCACAGUCUCCAGAGAUGAAGUGAGAAGGAAAAAAGCAGUUUAUAAGAAGGCUGAACUUGCUAAAAAAACAGAAGUUCAGGCCCACUCUCCCUCCAGGAAAUUCAUUUUAAAACCUGCCAUCAAAUAUACUAGACCAACUCAUCUCUCCUGUGUUAAGCGGAAAACUACAGGUGGUGAAUCAACUCAGGCUCCCAGUGUGUUUAAACAAGCAAAAGACAAAGUCUCUAAUUCUACCUUGUCAAAGAUUCCUGCCUUACAGGGUAGCACAAAGUUCCCAAGAUGCAGCUCAGCCUGCCCUAGUACGUCUAAAAAGGCUACAUUUUCUGACAGUUUUUUAAUUCAGCCCUCCUCAGCGGGCUCUGCAGACCGCUUGCCAUAUUCAGAAUCAGGGAACAAGGAUGGAGUAAGCAAGAGUCCAGAAAAGCGCUCUUCUCUCCCGAGACCUUCCUCCAUCCUCCCUCCUCGCAGAGGUGUAUCUGGAGACAGAGAUGAGAAUUCCUUCUCUCUCAACAGUUCUAUCUCCUCUUCAACAAGGCGGACCACCAGGUCAGAGCCAAUUCGCAGAACAGGAAAAAGUGGUACUUCAACUCCUACUACCCCUGGGUCAACCGCCAUCACGCCUGGCACCCCACCAAGCUAUUCUUCACGCACACCGGGCACUCCUGGAACCCCUAGCUAUCCCAGGACCCCACACACACCAGGAACCCCCAAAUCUGCCAUCUUGGUACCCAGUGAGAAGAAAGUCGCUAUCAUACGUACACCUCCCAAAUCCCCUGCUACUCCCAAGCAGCUUCGACUUAUUAACCAACCACUGCCAGACCUGAAGAAUGUCAAAUCCAAAAUAGGAUCCACAGACAACAUCAAAUACCAGCCUAAAGGGGGGCAGGUUAGAAUUUUAAACAAGAAGACCGAUUUUAGCAAAGUUCAGUCCAGAUGUGGUUCCAAGGAUAACAUCAAACAUUCUGCUGGGGGCGGAAAUGUACAGAUUGUUACCAAGAAGAUAGACUUAAGUCAUGUGACAUCCAAAUGUGGGUCUCUGAAGAACAUCCGCCACAGGCCAGGUGGUGGGCGUGUGAAAAUUGAGAGUGUUAAACUGGAUUUCAAAGAAAAGGCUCAGGCUAAAGUUGGUUCACUUGACAAUGCUCACCACGUGCCUGGAGGUGGUAAUGUCAAGAUUGACAGCCAAAAGUUGAAUUUCAGAGAGCAUGCAAAGGCGCGCGUGGAUCACGGGGCUGAGAUCAUCACGCAGUCUCCGGGCAGAUCCAGCGUGGCAUCCCCCCGACGACUCAGCAACGUCUCCUCUUCGGGCAGCAUCAACCUACUGGAAUCCCCUCAGCUUGCCACCUUGGCGGAGGAUGUCACUGCUGCACUUGCUAAGCAGGGCUUGUGAAUAUUUCUCAUUUAGCAUCGAUGUAAUCAUAUUUAGGCAUGAGCUCUUGGCAGGAGUGGGCUCUGAGCAGGUGUUAUAUUCAUUCUUUACAAACCAUAAAAUAAAUAAUAUCAUUCCCAAACUGUAGUAAUUGUUACAAUUUUAUAAAAAAAAAAUCGAUUAGUAUUUGCAGAAACUGACUUGAUUUCCAUUUGCAACAAGAAGACACUGGCUUUACAUGAGUACAAUUGGACAGUUAUUUUUAUUUUGCUCUGUUUUGCAUGGAAUAUUAUUAUUUCAAAAAUUGCAUUUUUACCUUUCAUGUGCCUGAAGGCUAUCCACUACAUUCUGAAAGGCCUUGUUAAAAUCCAAGCUGCUUUUUUCACUAUUCUGUUGCUGGGUGAAAAGGUAAAAACUGCCCAUUGUAACUUAUUUACAGGUUAAAUUAAAUCAAGGAGUCUGAUUGCAGGAUGGGAAGAGCAUGUAAGAAAUAAGUUUUUUUAAAAGUGUUAUUUUGUAUAAAUGGGAAGAAAGAUUCAAUUAAGUUAUUAACAUUUGGGACCUGGAUAAUUAUAGCAGAGUAUAAAUCAAUCCAAUAAAUUAUUUAACUAAUUAAAAAUAGUUACAAAGCAUUGGAGCUGUGGUUGAGGAAGUGGUAUACAAGUGCAUCUCUUAGGAAUGAAGCACUUUCAUUAGGAUGGACUCGUGUCUGAUUAGAAUGUCAGUUGAUCAGCUAGAUUUGUGUCCACACUACCAGUUUCACACCCCCUUUCCAUCUGUUUGAUACAGUAUUAUAGAUAUAAAUAUAUAUAUAUUUCUCUGUGGCCAUUUGUGAUACUUCCUCAUAUACUUGAAUAUUAUACUUCCUUAUUCACAGUAUCUGUGUCUCCUGCACCCUUUGGUGUUGCAAUUUUAGGGUAUGUGAAAGUAGAUGUUAGCAGGGUUUGUUCCCUAGUUAAAAAAAAAUACAUUAAAAAAGACAAAAAGUUUUAGCAUGAAGUUGCUUUCUGUAACAACUCAGCUGUAAUUCUCUUUUAGUGCCAGAUACAAGUCUCUCCCGUGAUGCUAGAAAAAUUUAUUUUUCUUUGCUUUCACCAACAUGGAGUUUGUGGGGGUGGUUCCAGUUAUACAUAAAGGGUUUGCAGAUUGUUGGUUUAAGAUUAUGGGUUUAUCUCAUUUUGAAUUACACAACAGUUUGGAUUUCAUUCCUAUAACCAUUCAUGAAACAGAUUCUUCAAAAUUUCUUCCCCCCCCACCUUUUUAUUUUUUUUCCCAUUUGCUAAAGUUGAAUCUAAAGUUAGAACUUUGGGACAUGUUAUCCCAUUUUUUCAAACAGUAUCUGACAUUUGGUUUCUUUACCCAAAAUAAAGUUCCCUUAAUCAGAAAGGAAAGACGCAAUAUUUUGAGAAGUUAUAAAACAUUGAGAUAUAGAUAUCUAAUCAAUGUUUUCAAGACUCCUACAUUAUACUCUAUGUAGUGGCUUAUUAUUAAUCAGUAGAGAAUCCUAUUCUGACUUCAUAUACAGUCUAGAAAUCACAAAUCAAUCAAUUCCCCUUACCAGUCGUUCAUCUUAGACUUAUGAAUAAGCAAUGAAAUAGUAAGUGGCCUAAAUAAGUUAAGUUACCACGCUAAAUGGACACAUUCUAGUAUUUUAUCUGCUCUUUUUCUUGCUCAAGACUGGUAGGUUGAAUCCAAAGUGCUAAAGGUGCCCUGGCAGGCAUUGGAUUCCUUUGAGCCAAAUCAGUUCUUGGAUAGGAGGGAAGGAUGACUGUACUGAGGCAUGAGUACAGUGGCAUGUAAGAAAGAAGCCAAGGGCUGCAAAGACAAGAGACACGGUGCUAUUUUGUGAGCCUGGGAUAUUGCAACCAGUGUGACUUCUGCAAAAGAAACUCUAGGAACAAAUGUGCACACCAUUCUUCACGUGAACAUGUCUGAAGCAAUGUAUAAAUCAUUUAUAUUAUACAGUGCUCUAAAGUUAGAAACUACUGAAUCAGACUGUGGAUAGAUCUAUUAAAAUAGAUCUAUUUUCUGCCUUAUAAAUGCUCUAAGGUUUGAUUUGACCAACCCAGGCAUUUUUUUUUUCAUCAGCUUCCCCUGAAGUGCACCAGAAAAAUAGAAGAAUGAAGAAUAGCUGUGAGGUGUGGAGACUUUGGAUCUUUUCUUACAAGUUUGAUAGUGUUAAAUAAUAAUUCAAGUUAUCUAGAAAGGAGGUAGGACUUACUUAAAAUAGUUAACUUGUGAAACGACUUUGUUUUUCAACAUGGUUUUGAUUUUUUUAUAAAAAAGUACACAUUUCACGUAUUAAAAUUCAGUUUCUUACAAAUACAUGGCAAAGAUAAAAAUUACCACACUUAGUUAUCAGAAUUGGAAUCAAAAUAAAUGUUUACUUCACAUCACAGUAAAAUUAUGAUCAAUGGAUGCCCUUGUACUUUAUAGAAAUGUGAUUCUGUAUCAGAGAGAAACUAAUCAUUUAGACUAGUCAAAGAGAGAAACACAGGCUAAAUGUCUUCUUAUGGAGAUAAGGGAUAGGGCCCAUCUUGCCUUCACUCUUUAAGAUUAACUACACAAAUUAAGCUUUAUGAACACCACUUUUGUGGGGACACCCAUACGCUGAUCUAGAAGUUGAAACUUCCUAGUUUCAAUUCUCGAUCUACUAAUGCCAGUUUCUCUAUGGCUUUAGCCAUUGAGAACCUGUUUAAGGAUACAUAAGUAAUCCAGAGCUGUAAAGAGUUAAAAGGUCUACCUCUCCAGUGAACUCACUCUCUCUGGGUCACCUGCAACCAGUAAUUGGGUACCUUACAAUGAUGCAGGAAAGAUCUGAGUUCAUGAUGAGUUUCAAAGGCCUUGUUCAUUGAAGAACUAACUCUCUCUGGAUCCUCCUGCUGAGUUCCAGCAGGGAGAUGGGCUGAAAUCCCACCCACACACAAGACACCUGUGUAGCAUGGACUAGGUAAGGUUGAAGAUGACUGAAGGUAGAAGUUUUUAAAUGGAAGGAUAGCCUGAUGGUAGCUGACUCUCUCCACACCCUCAGGUAGUAAUACAGCAGGAAAUGGAAUUGUCAGCCUAUUAUACAGCCAUGUCAUUAUGACUUAAAUAAUUAUCUCAAUGUAGUUGAUUCCAGCAUAGCUGCAAUGAUAGCUUAUCAUUUCUUUUGCCAUAAAAAGGAGGAAAAUAAACUAUUCAUGAUCUAAGUAGGCA